AUGUCGAGACUACAGGAUCAGUUCAUCGACGACGACGAAGAGGAAACAUGUCCGCUGUGCGUGGAAGAGCUCGACCUUACAGACAAGGGCUUUCGACCGUGCCCCUGCGGAUACCAGAUAUGCCAGUUCUGCUAUCACAACGUCAAGAACAACAUGAAUGGCCUGUGUCCAGCAUGUCGACGGCCCUACAACGACAACGACAUCGAAUGGAAAGUUGUCACUCCCGAGGAAACCGCGGCGCACAAGGCUCGGCAAGCACAGAAACAGAAGAAGACCCAGGCCAUGUUGCAGAAAGAAAAACAGAAAGCCGAAGCGGAGAACCUCAGCCGGAAACACCUGGCUGGCAUGCGCGUGGUGCAGAAGAACCUCGUCUAUGUGACCGGACUCAGCCCUACGACUCAGGAGGAUCAGCUUUUGGCGACCUUACGCGGAGAGCAGUACUUUGGGCAAUACGGCAAGAUCAUCAAGAUUGUUGUCAGUAAAGCGCGAGAUACGUCCCAUCCCAACAGCGUGGGCGUAUAUGUAACAUACGAGCGCAAAGAAGACGCUGCGAGUUGCAUAGCGGCGGUCGAUGGUACCAAGAAUGGCGAUAGGACUCUUCGGGCUCAAUUUGGAACCACGAAAUACUGCUCUGCUUACUUGCGUGGAGAGACAUGUUCGAAUCGGAAUUGUAUGUUUCUACACGAACCAGGGGAGGCAAACGAAAGCUACUCCCGCGCGGAUCUGUCCUCACUCAACGCCGGAUCUUCACAGCAUGGUGGCGCUCGACCACCACCUCCGCAGUCGCAACAGCCUGUCUCGGCAGCACAGCCGAUGACGCGACAAGGAAGUGGUGACCAGCCUUUAGCGGAUGCACCUGACCGACCAGCUUUACCUUCGACGGCUAGCUGGGCAUCAAGACCGCAACCUCACUCUGGCCGAGCGGAGACCCAAUCGACAGGCACGACUGUAGAGAGCCCGCCGCCCGUUACCGCGACACCUGCACUACAAUCUGAGCAGCCCGCCGAGCCCGCAGAAUCAUCCCCUGCAGAUCAAGCGGAGCCAGAGUUCGCAGAAAUAUCGCCUCAGCCAGCAGCCGUCCAGCCUCGAAAGACGCAAAUUUCGCCUCUUGAACUGCUCCUCAGAAACUUCAAGAUUGACGAUUUCAAGUUGGUGUGGUCUACGAAUGGCAUCCCCCAGACCGAUCUGGACAUCAUCAGCAACUACCCACCUUUGUUUGAUCAAACCGGGGGAGCCAGGCGUCGGGUUAGAAAACAACGUGAGGAAGAACAGCGCCGAAUGGAGCAAGAAACGCAAGCAUAUCAGCAACCUCCUGCUGUCGAGCCAGACGACAACCCGGAAAUGAGUGGAAGUCUUCAGCUUGGCGGCGAACCAGAGGAACGACAGAAUGUGAAUCAGAUUCAGGGCGCAAUUCAACCUCCUGGCGAAGGCGGACUUGACCAGCGCUUCCAAUUCGGUGGCGGUGUUGCAAGCCCAGGCAUUAGUGACCGUGGCCUCACACCCCAACAGCAUCAACAAAUGCUCUUGCAGACGCUGAAGCCAAAUACCAUAGGCACAUAUUCCGGGACGCAGCAAUCCACCGCAUUUUCGGCACCACUUCAACAGCAAAGUUCUCAGCCACUUGGACACCAACGGAACGUCUCACGAUAUUCCUUCGCUAACGACUCUUCCUCGGCUUCUGCGGCUGUGAAGCCAGUAGCAAACCCCAAACUUAUGAAUCAACAAUCUUCGAUGAUGCCUCCGGCAGGUGGCAAUCACUUUAGCGCACAGCACCAGCAACCACACGGGCAGUUUUACAGCAGCAACGUAACCGGCCCUCCACCCGGCCUUAAGACGACUGGGACACCUCCUGUCAGCGGCAAUCUCACAUUUGGCCAAGGUCAUGGCUUCGCGACCGGAGGCAUUCAAUACAGCGCUGGCACUCCUCGCAACCAGCAAGACAACUACUACAGGGAGUUGAUGCGCGGUCGUGACGGCGCAGCCGGUGGCGUGGAUGCCAAGCGUGAGUUACACUCUUUUCCCAACUACAACAAUACCCACCCCAACGCGGCGUAUCCUCCUGCCCAGUCCAAUGCAUUCCCUGCCUCCCCCUAUCCGUCCCUUGGUGCUUAUGGUGAUGGUGAAAAACAGCGCAAGAAAAAGGGCAAGAAGCACCGUCACGCUAACACUUCUUCCUCAUCGGGAGGAGGUGUCGUCGACGUCGCAGACCCCAGCGCCAGUCAUCUGCUACAAGCACGGCUACACCAAGGUCCGAGUGGGCUCGGCGGGAACGCAUUCGCUGGUCAGUCGGGCGCUGCAAAUAACAUGUACUCGGUCAUGCACGGCGGCGGUUAUGGCGGACGUUGGUAG